CUCCCUCCAUUAACGGCCAUAAUAUUUUGAAGUUCCUUUCUCUCUCUUUCUUUCAUCUUCAAGUUUCACCAUUUUUAUUCUUCAAAUCUCUCAGUCGGCAACAUUUUGACUAGUCAACGUCCGGCCAUUCCAGGAUCUGGGUGAUUAAAACCAAUUAGAUCAUUGCGAAAAUAUAGCUAUGGAGAGAAGAGGAGGCAAUGUGGUCUCGAGUUCGCCAUCGAAUACACCGAGGUCUAUGGAUAAGGGUGGCACGAGAGAUGUAAGGGCGGCAGAAGCGAAUAUGAAUGGCAAUAGAGAGAAAGGGGUGAAUGUUCAAGUUAUUGUGCGGUGCAGACCGUUGAAUGAUGAUGAGGUGAAAUCGCAUACACCGGUUGUGAUUACGUGUACUGAGAACAGGAAAGAAGUUUGUGCUGUUCAGAAUAUAGCUAACAAGCAGAUUGAUAGAUCGUUCGUGUUUGACAAGGUCUUCGGUCCAAACUCACAACAAAGGGACUUGUAUCAUGCAGCUGUCUCUCCCAUAGUUUUUGAAGUUCUUGAGGGCUAUAAUUGCACCAUAUUUGCUUAUGGCCAGACGGGAACUGGAAAAACAUAUACAAUGGAAGGAGGGGGAAGGAAAAAGAACGGAGAGUUCCCAAGUGAUGCAGGUGUUAUUCCCAGAGCUGUAAAACAGAUAUUCGAUAUAUUAGAAGCUCAAAAAGCCGAGUACAAUAUGAAAGUUACGUUCUUAGAGUUAUACAAUGAGGAAAUAUCAGAUCUUUUGGCUCCAGAAGAAAUUUCAAAAUUUCCUGAUGACAAAUCAAAGAAACCGAUAGCUCUCAUGGAGGAUGGGAAGGGAGGAGUACUUGUAAGAGGUUUGGAAGAAGAGAUGGUUUCCACUGCAGAUGAAAUUUACAAGAUCUUAGAGAAAGGAUCAGCUAAAAGGCGUACUGCAGAGACCCUUCUGAAUAAACAAAGUAGUCGCUCUCACUCAAUAUUUUCUAUCACAAUUCAUAUUAAGGAGCGGACCCCAGAAGGUGAAGAGAUUAUUAGAUGUGGCAAGCUCAAUCUUGUUGAUCUUGCCGGUUCAGAGAAUAUUUCGAGGUCUGGUGCUAGAGAGGGUAGGGCCAGGGAAGCUGGUGAGAUAAAUAAGAGCUUGCUUACACUUGGCCGUGUCAUAAAUACAUUAGUUGAGCACUCAGGGCAUAUACCUUAUAGGGAUAGUAAACUAACAAGGUUGUUGAGAGAUUCUUUGGGAGGGAAAACAAAGACCUGCAUUAUUGCCACUAUCUCUCCUUCCAUCCAUUCUUUGGAGGAAACCCUCAGCACUUUAGACUAUGCACACCGAGCAAAAAAUAUCAAGAACAAACCAGAGAUUAAUCAGAAGAUGAUGAAAUCUGCAUUGAUGAAAGACUUGUACUCUGAAAUCGAAAGGCUCAAGCAAGAGGUAUACGCUACAAGAGAGAAGAAUGGAAUCUAUAUACCGAAAGACAGAUAUCUACAGGAAGAAGAGGAAAAGAAGGCAAUGGCGGAAAAAAUUGAGCGGAUGGAGUUGGAUGCUGAGUCAAGCGGCAAGCAAUUCGUGGAGCUUCAGGAACUUUUUAAUACUCAGCAAUUGGUGAAUGCAAAUUUAACUGGAAAGCUUGAGAGGACAGAGAUAAAGCUUCAAGAAACUGAAAAUUCGUUGUUGGAUCUUGAAGAAAGACAUAGACAAGCAAAUAUAACAAUCAAAGAGAAAGAAUUCCUUAUAUCCAACCUUCUAAAGUCUGAGAAAGCCCUUGUUGAGCGUGCAUUUGACCUUCGAGCAGAGCUUGAGAAUGCUUCAUCAGACGUGUCUAGUUUGUUCACCAAGAUUGAGCGCAAGGACAAAAUAGAAGAGGGAAACAGACUUCUUGUCCAGCAAUUUCAAUCUCAGCUUACUAAACAACUCGACACCCUGCAUAAAAGUGUAGCAGCAUCUGUGACACAACACGAGCAACAACUGAAAGGCAUGGAAGAAGAUAUGCAAUCUUUUGUAUCCACCAAGGAUCAGGCUACUGAAGAACUUCGAGCUGGUCUAGAGAAGUUGAGAACAUUGCAUGGUUCUGGUAUUAAAGCUCUAGAUAAUCUAGCGAAUGAAUUUGAUGGAAAUUCACAAUCAACACUUGAACAUCUUAAUUCUCAAGUUUCAAAAAAUUCUUAUGCUCUUGGGGAUCUUUUCAAAGGUAUUGCAUCAGAAGCUGAGGAAUUACUUGAUGAUCUUCAAAACAUUCUCCAUGGCCAAGAAAAUAAACUAGCCACAUUUGUCCAACAACAACAGGAGGCACAUAGUAGAGCUGUUGAAACCUCACGGUCAAUUUCUAAAAUUACCACAAACUUUUUCAAUACCUUAGACAUGCAUGCAACCAAAUUGACACAAAUUAUCGAAGAGGGCCAAACUGCCAAUGAACAAAAAUUAUGUGAACUUGAAAGAAAGUUUGAGGAGUGUGCUGCCAAUGAAGAAAGACAACUGCUAGAGAAAGUUGCAGAACUACUUGCAGGUUCAAAUGCCAGGAAGAAAGAACUGGUUACAACAGCAGUGAGUGGUCUACGGGAAAGUGCAGCUGGUAGGACCAAUAGAUUCCAGCAAGAAAUGUCAACCAUGAAAGAAUCAAGCUCUUCCGUGAGAGUUGAAUGGACAAAUUACAUUAGCAAGGCUGAAAUCCACUACCUUGAAGACACUGCCGCAGUUGAAAAUGGAAAGAAGAACCUGGAUAAGGUUCUACAUACUUGUUUACAGAAGGUGCAAAUGGGGUCGCAACAAUGGAAUAGUGCUCAGGAAUCUUUACUCAGCUUAGAGAAGAAUAAUGUGGCUUCUAUGAAUGAAAUAGUUAGGGGUGGACUAGAAGCCAAUGGAAAAUUGCGUUCUCAGUACUCAAUUGCAGCGUCAUCAACCCUUAGUGAUACAAAUGUUGCAUGCAAUCACCUCCUCUCCUCUAUUGACCAUUCUUUACAACUUGAUCAUGAUGCAUAUCAUAAUCUUGAUUCCAUGAUUGUUCCUUGCUGUGGAGAACUUAAGGAACUGAAGGGUGGGCACUAUGACAAGAUUGUAGGUAUCACAGAUAGUGCAGGAAAAAGGCUACUAAAUGACUACACGAUUGAUGAACCAUCAUGUUCGACACCGAGAAAGAGGUCAUUCAAUCUACCUAGCACCACAUCCAUCGAAGAGUUACGAACUCCACCAUUUGAUGAGCUACUGAAAUAUUUUUGGGAUUCAAAAUCAUCAUCACCAAGGCUACCAAAUGGUGAUGCUAAGCAUCUAGAUGCUGCUGCUCAUUCCAUGAGAGACCCACGCAAUCGUCUCACUGCUGUUAAUUGAUAAUCACUUAUAAAUAUUAAAAACAUGUCAUAAAGAAGUGUAUAUAAAUACAUGUAAUACAAAAUUAUUCAUUGAUUAUUGAACGAUUUUACACAGCAGUUUCAAAUAUAGGUUUAAAUUAGUGUUUUGGGGGUUCUGCUAUUGUUUGUUACCUGCACACAUUACUUUAAACAAUGUAUGUAUUACUUAAGAAUAUAUACAGGCACUUUGUUAGUAAUAUAAUAGAAAGGUUUUGUUGAGCACAUUA